GUAGAUGAUGUCAGGCAGUGGCCAAAACUUACUGAUAAAGAAACAGUGAAAGUGUUGAAAGCAUCUUCAUUAAAGCAGCGGAGAUUGAGAAACAGACAGCAGAGCAGAUGCCGAAACUGUUAUCUUCAGUCUGCAGCAGCUCUUUUCUUUAUGGACUGACUGACAUUAAUCAGAGUGAUUUCCUGCUGGAUCUUUACUCGCUUGUGGAGAACUAUGAGAUCAGGAGGAGUUUUAUUCCAGAAAUACUGCCAGUUUUCCAUUCAACACCUGAUGUCUGGAUCAUAGAUCUCUCAGAGAGAAAGAGCUCCGUUCUCCUGGAAGUGCUGAAGCUCCAGACAGAGAAGAAACCAGUAUAUCUGAGAGGAUGUUUUUCUAUCCCGCCACCACCACCAGGGUUUGAAAUGUGUGCAGCAUGGCGUGUGCACAGCAAUCUGCUACUGAAUACCUCAGAAACAACAGGAAAGACCUGGUGACUGGCAUGAAAAACCUUCCUCUGAUCAUUGAGAAUCUUUAUCAGAAGAAGGUUUUCAAUGUCUAUGAGGUCAAAGAUCUCAAAGCCGAGAGGACAGAGUUUGAUCAAGCCAGAUGUAUAUUGGAUUGGGUCGUUAACAAAGGUGAUGAGGCCAGUUAUGAAUUACUCAAGAUUCUGGAUGUCACUAAGAAGAGGACAUUAGAUCCUGGUUUACACUACUGGAUCAGCUGUUCUCCCUUCAGAGAUGAAGACGCAGAGCCCAGCUGUUUAUUUGGUACAACGCCCUGUCAAAUCUACCAGACACGGCUCAAGAUGAAAGCAAAUAAAAUCCUGAAUAACCAAAGGAAAUGUUUCUGUAAAUAUCUGGAUGACAAGAUACAAGGAAACUUAAGUUUUAUACCUCUUGUUUUAAAGACUGACUCUGUCAUGAAAACACACUGCAAAAUAAAAUUGAAAUACAAAAAAUGCAAAAAGCUUCGGCCCAAGAAGCUGAGAGCUUACAUUCCUAACGAGGGACAAGCGCUAUCACCCGAGGACCUCCUGAGAUGGCAAGAUAAGAACAUCCUCAUCAUCGGCAAACCUGGAGUAGGAAAGACUACAGUUGUCCAGGAAAUGCUGCGUCUUUGGGGAGAGAAGGAUGGAAGAGAGAUAGACUACAUGUUUUUACUUUGA